AACAACAAAAUGUAUGACAUGAUUCUAUUCUGCUUGAGCUUGUGGAGUCUGAAUGGUGUGAUUGGUGUUGAUGCAGCAAAGUUAGUGCCAGUGUCAGUGAUGGAGGGAGAUCUUGUCACUCUAGGGACUGAUGUUACUGAAAUACUGCAAAACGAUCCGAUCCAGUGGAGGUUUGGAGAUGUUCUCAUAGCUAAAAUCUACAUGAAGGAAAAUAAUAUAAUUAUUCAUGAAACCAGUGCUGCUGAGAGACUCAGAGACAGACUGAAGCUGGAUCAUCAGACUGGAUCUCUGACCAUCACAAACACCAGAACCACAGACUCUGGACUUUAUAAAAUAGUCAGCACUGUAAAAGAUACAACGCUCAACACAUACAAUCUUACUGUCUAUGCUCAUCUGCCUGUUCCUGUCAUCAGCAGUAACUCAUCACAAAAUUCAUCAUUAUCAUCAUCAUCAGGAUCAUCAGCAUCCAAAUGUGUGUUUCUGUGUUCAGUGGUGAAUGUGAGUGAUGUGACUCUUUCCUGGUACAAAGGAAACAGUUUAUUGUCCAGCAUCAGUGUUUCUGAUCUCAACAGAAGUGUUUCUUUACAUCUGGAGUGUCUGGAUGAUUCCUACAGCUGUGUGGUGAACAAUCCCAUCAGCAACCAGACACAACAUCUCAACAACACUGAACUCUGUCAGCCAUGUUCAGAUGACUCUGUAUCUCAGAUUGUAUUGAUCUCUGCUGGUACUGCUUCUGCUGGAUCUCUGUUGAUCGUAGUUGCUGUCGGGAUCUUCUGCAUCCACAGGAAACGCAGAAAAACAGACAAAAAAGGCAAGCAUUGCCUAUUUUCACCUACUGCGUAUGUGUGUAUAAUGUAA